AUGGGGCAAGAUCAUCUCGACGAGACGGAGAAGAGUAAAUCCUACGCCGAUGCUGUCGGUGGCGAUGGCGUCGACGUCGGGGAAAUCGUCAACGGAGGGACGAUGAAUGGUCGCGACAAAUCGGAAUACGUGGAGGUUGAGAAGGAGGAGGAGAAGGAUGAUUCGGAGAGCCUCUACUCCUUGAUUUGCAUCACGAUCGGUUCGAUUCUGUUUCCGGAUUCGAGAACCGGUGAUGCCUCCUCGUCGUCUUCUUUGCUUCAACGAAUAAGAAACUCCGUCGCCGAGAAUGGCCCCAAGCUUCGAGAAGCUUCUCGAAAAACUUCACGCGAUAUUCUCCAAUGGACUCGUGAGGGAAGCCCGCUUCGUGCACUGCUUGUCAUCACUGUAAGUGGGUUUUGA